AUGAUACUGCAAAGUCCAAAUCAUUUGUCUUUAAUUCCAGUAACUUCCCCCAUUGACAAUCCUCACCAGUACCCUUCCACGUUUUUCCUUAGUCCAAUCACUUCCAAUGAAUCCCAAUUUGUCGAACAGACCUUGCAUACGGGAAAAGUAGAUGAUGUCAACAUGGAAAUCGACCACUACCCGGAAAAGGGCACCUACGCCGAAGAUUUCUCCAUGGAACCAACACCACCACUUGAGGAACCGGUGUCUAUCCCACAUACUCCUUCGGAAGAUUCACUCGUGCAUAAAGGUUCACUCACGGUUACACCCUCCGCCACUCCAGCCUCUAAUGCAUCUCCAUUAUUAUCCCUCCCGCUUGAAAUCCUUUAUCGCAUAAUUGAGUAUGUUUACGUUGACAAUGAUAUAUCGUCAAUCAAUUCCAACUUGGAGAAGUUUGCCAAUACCAUACCACUCUUAUCCAAGAAAUUCCACCAUUUAUCAUUAUGUUUUUUGUACAAGUACACCAUUUUCAAUCGACCACAUUCUUUUGACAAGUUUCUUCACAACUUAAUGACAAACCCUACCAUUGGUAAAUACGUCGAGUUUAUGGAUUUCCAGCAGUUUACCUCGAUAGGAUUGGGAAGAACCGGCCGCAUGAAUCAGGAAAUUCAAAUGGUGACUUCAAGAACUAUAGCUCAGGCAUUACAAAUGACCCCGAAUUUACGAGAAUUUCUCGCAUCGGAAAACAUCCAGGAUGAUAUGGAUGUGAUUGUCUUGGACCAUUUGUUUAACAAGUUGAAUCGAAUCAAAGCGCUCGACUUUUGCGGGGCAUCUAGUGAAGCGUUUGCUACUGCAUUUGAGACAUUGACUAUUGAGAGGGAUUUCACAUCCAUCACCAAGAUUUCGUUUCAUGAUUGUUCGAAUUUGAGUCUGGGAGUGUUUCAUCGGUUAUUGCCUCGCUUGAUCAAUUUACAGAGACUAGAUUUGAAUCACACGUCAAUUACGAGCAGUAUUCUUCUUGAAAUCCCCAAAACUGCCAAAUUAACCCAUUUAUCCCUUGCUAGGUGUUCGCAAUUGACCACCAAGGACUUGAUUAAUUUCCUCGUCAGCCAUCCAGCUGUAUGUCGCGGCACAUUGAAAUGGCUAAACUUGCAAAUUGAUUCAAAUGUGAUAUCUCCACUCUCAGACAUAUAUCUCCACUAUACAUUAAAACAUUUGAAUGCACCCCAGCUAGUCUACUUGAACCUUGGGGGCAUGCCCGUGAACUUUAAAACCCUAAUCAUCCUCAAGAACAAGUUUCCACAGUUGACGAGUCUCAACAUCAGCCAUGCCCAAGUGAAGCCUGAGGACUUGAAUGAGUACAUGAAGGACAACCAUAACAUCAUGUAUCUCGACAUCACGGGGAUCAAGACGCUCACGCGGUUCAACCUCCCCCUGUUCCUCAAACGCAGCUUCACCGCCAACUUAGUUGCGAUUGAGUUUGACUACCGUAUCUUGUAUGAACUCACCCAGGGCGAGCACACCAAAGUCACAGCACCACAGACUUCGUUUGUCGUGGAGACGGCGCCGCCCCAGAUCUGGAAGUUUUUCGACAACGAAGGCCGUAGAGCAUGGAUCUACAAGCUCAGUCCCACGGACUCAGAGUACAAGUCGAUAAUGGCCGGUUCGAGACGGACAUCGGUCCAGCAGUCUAAUCUUGUGUACUACGAUUUGGAGACGGGGAAUAAGAUUGUUAGUUUUGUAAGAAAGCCGGGGUUUCUCAAGUAUGCUGCGCGAAAAGUCAAUUGUUCGAUUGGGUAUUUCAAUUUGACGGGGUAUAGAAAUAAGAAUAAGUUGGAAGAUUGUUGGCCCGUGGAGUUUAGUCAACGGGGGAUUUAUAAUUACUAUUCGUUGAAUGUUAAGUAG